AUGGGUAGGUCACCAUGUUGUGAUGAAAUUGGUGUGAAGAAAGGGCCAUGGACAGAAGAAGAAGAUGAGAAGCUGGUUGAUUAUAUCAACAAACAUGGCCAUGGAAAUUGGGGAACACUUUCAAAACGUGCUGGUUUGAAUAGGUGUGGGAAGAGUUGUAGGUUAAGGUGGACAAAUUAUUUGAGACCUGAUAUUAAGAGAGGAAAAUUCACUGAGGAAGAAGAAAGAAUCAUCAUCAACCUUCAUUCAGUACUCGGAAACAAGUGGUCUAAGAUUGCAGCUCAUCUUCCGGGACGAACAGAUAACGAGAUAAAGAAUUUUUGGAACACAAAUAUAAGAAAAAAGCUUUUGAAAAUGGGAAUUGACCCUGAAACUCAUAAGCCAAGAACUGAUUAUAAUCACCUCAUGAGUAUUUCCAACUUACUUGGAAUGUCAAAUAUAGGCAAUAGUUUUAGCAACAACCCUAUUGGUUUUCAGCCAGAUAUUACUCACAUAGCCAAAAUGCAAUUGUUGCAAAACAUGUUACAAAUUAUGAACACCAAUAAUUCAUUUGCUAUGAACCCUUAUAGCUCUUUAGGAAAUAUUAUUCCUAAUCUUAAUCCAUUCAAUGUAUUUUUGAAUGGAGCAAACACAGCUCAAACUAAGGAGCCAUUAGGUUUUAAUAAUGGUGGUGAAGAAUAUGCUAUGAACCCUAGUUUAUACUCUCAUGGACUAAUAAGUGAGUUUCCUAAGCAACAUAUUUCAAAUGGUGGAUCAAAUUUACAAAAUCUUGAUUAUAGCAAAAUGAGAAGCAAUAAUCAAGAAGAAAAUCCACUUCCUGCUUUGGUUGCUUCCUGUCCUAAAACACCUUUUAAUCAAAUGGAAAGUGAUUGUAACAAAACUCAUAUGUCCAUUCAAUCACCUUCAAACAUAGUCUUUGAUGAUUGGGAGAAGUUCAUUGAUGAAUCAAGUGACUCAUACUGGAAAGAGCUUUUAGAUUUGACAUGCACUUCUCCAUCAAAAAUUCCAUGGUAG